UGGACGGGACGCUCCUUCAACAACAGCUAGUCAGACUCCUCGGUAGCUUUAUAGCAAACAUAGCUACAUAGCUACAACACACACUGUUUUGGUGUAUAUUAGUCGAUGUGUAUUAAACACACUUCUGUCGUAUGUACUUGUUGGCCCAUUUAAUUAUAUAUUUACGUUGUUUGUCAGCUAACGUUAGCUGGUUUGCUAAGUUAGCUCAGAACUACGCUAGUCGCUAAUGCUAGAUAGCUAACAUCUCCGACCAUGAGUUCACUAAGUUACUCUCCUGAUAAAGAAGAGGUCUGCUGGACGAAGAAAGAAGCUCUCGUGAAAGAGGAGGAGGAAGAGAAAGAUAUCACACUACAAAAACAAGUAGAGGGUGAGGCUGUUAUCGUGAAAGAAGAAGAGAAAGACGUUUCAGUGAAAGAAGAGGAAGACGCGUUCAGAGUGAAAGAGGAGGAUGUUACAGUAAAAGAAGAGGCAGAUAAAGAGGAGGAUUCAGUUUUUGGAGUGAAAGAGGAGGAGGGGGAGAUGACUGUCACAUUGGAUGAGGAAGAGGAGGUUGGAGAUAUGUUUAACACCAGAGAGACACGGGACUAUCGUGGAUCCUCUUGGGAGGCUCAACAACAUCGUGAUUCUGACGAGGCAGAGAAGAGUCUCUCCAGAUCAGAACUCCUCAAGAAACACCAGCAGAGACCCACAGGGAAGAAAUCUCACUGCUGCUCUGACUGUGGGAAAAGAUUAAACUCUUCAUCAGACCUUAAAAUACAUCAAAGAAUUCACACUGGAGAGAAACCUUACGGCUGUGAUCAGUGUGGGAAGAGUUUUUCUCAGCUAAAAACCCUGAACUCACACCAGAGAAUACACACUGGAGAGAAACCUUUUGGCUGUAAUCAAUGUGAGAAGAGUUUUAUUUGGCUGCAAACCCUGAAAACACACCAGAGAAUACACACUGGAGAGAAACCUUUUGGCUGUAAUCAAUGUGAGAAGAGUUUUACUCAGCUAAACAACCUGAUAGUACACCAGAGAACACACACAGGAGAGAAACCUUAUAGCUGUGAUCAAUGUGGGAAGAGUUUUUCUACAUCUAGCUAUCUAACUAUACACCAGAGAAUACACACUGGAGAGAAACCUUUUGGCUGUGAUCACUGUGGGAAGAGUUUUAUUUGGCUACAAUCCCUGAAAUCACACCAGAGAAUACACACUGGAGAGAAACCUUUUGGCUGUGAUCAAUGUAGGAAGAGUUUUACUCAGCUAAACAGCCUGAUAGCACACCAAAGAACACACACAGGAGAGAAUCCGUGCUGUGAUCAAUGUGGGAAGAGAUACUCUGAUAAAAGAUCUCUGAUUAAACAUCAGAAAAUACAUGAAGUAGUUGUUUCAUGAUAUCAAUGAAAUAAUGUCACAAUGUAGAAUGUUUUUAAUAUUGUGGAAGGCGUAUUUUAAUGAAUGUCAGAAUGUAGAACCAUAAACAUUUGCCACCUGUUCAAUUGAUUUUAGUCUCAGGGGGAAAAUCCUGGCUUCUUAAUUGAUAGAGUACUAUUUAUGAGAUUCAACAAAAAGUGACUGACAAAAAUAGAGUUGUGUUACAUUUACCACGUCGGUGACCCACUUGAAUCAAAAUGCAACUCUUCAAUAUAUCCCAAACUGUUUCUGCAUGUUGGUUAUUGAUUUGGACACGUUAAAACUAUGUUUUGACAUUGCGCUAUUCUCACCUAGCAAAAUGUAAUUCAAACGACGUUGAAAAGAAGACUAUGCCCGACGUCCAAUAUAUGUUCGGUUGUAGUUGAAAAUGAAAGUUGAAAAGGCGUAUUUUCGGGUCGUUUUUUCAGUGAUUUGAAAACAACUUAAUUUCAACUUACUUGCAGCCUAUACACAUGGACGCAGUAUAAUAAAUUGGUCUAUAAUCAAUUUUAUUAACAAUCCUACAUCACUCCAGUAUUUAUUUACAACGUUCAAGUGCUAAUUGUAUUUAUUCCACUACUGAAGAAGCAUGACUCAAAUCACCUCAUAUUUCAAACAUUCAGCCUGACAAAAUAUACAGGUUUUAUUAUUCUAUGCCUGAUCACUAAGUUAAUUAUUGCCCAUACAUUAAAUUAACAAAGGGGUGUACAUUUGGUUUUGAUAUUUCAUAUUUACAAUUCAUGUAACAUUUAGUAAUCAUUAUUUAUGCAACCAACUGACAAUUUUGGGGUACAAUUAUAUUGACAUUGAUCCCUGAUAUUCUAAAAGCAGGAUAACAUUCUCAGAUGUGCCAACACAAAUGUACUAGAGCAUGACAUUGGGGACUGGUCCCCGAUCCAACAACAUGCCUAUCGAGUGAACCCUGAAAAGAGAGAGAAGCUCCGCAGUGAGGUGGAAAGUUACUACGGAUAUCGCAGGAGUUUCCUCUUGAAAUCAGACAUGUCUGUGGUAAGGACAACUUGGUUGCUGAUUGUCUCAAGGGUUGGCAGUCCAUUUUUUUGAAACUGCACUGUUGGUUAGGGGCUCGUAAGUAAACCUUUCACUGUUAGGUCUACACAUGUAUUCAGCGCAUGUGACUGAUUUGAGUUUUGUUUGGGCAAGUUCCAAGGGGACGAGACUUCUAGAAGCUAGUGAGUUUUAGGAUUCUAUAGAAAGAAAAUUGAGAAAAUAAUGAUACGAUUGUAUUUUAUUAUUUUGAAAUACGUGUUUUUUUCUUGUUUUUCGUUGUUGACAGCCAGUAGACACCAUGUUUAUAUUGGUGAAGCAUUGUAGUUGAUUAUAAUGUGAAAUGGAAGUUGUUUUCUGUUGGUGGUGAGCAAACUUGUCCAACAAAAAUAUAUAAUAUAUUUGUUGUCUUAAGGGGGAAGUUGUUACAGUCUUUGUUUUUUUCAUUUAUGUUUUGAGGUUGGACUUUAGCACGUAUAGCUCGUUAGCACGUAGAGCGCACUGAUUGGUGUCACCUCGUUAGUCAGUAUGUGUUACACCUGUGCUGGCUUGUCCAUCUCGUUAGUGGGAAGGUGUUUCACCUGAGCUGGUCCAGGUUCUAUUUAAGAGUGUCAGGCCCAGUGCUCCAGUUGUCUUGAUAGAUGUGGAGAGUCAACACCUUUAAUUGCGCCACCUUUUUGGUUUGCUUCCUGUCUUUUAGUUUGGUGUGGGCUUUUCUUUUGUUUGACUCUUGAGCAGAUUUAGUGGGUCUCAUGGUCGGUGUCUUUUAGGCCCCAGUUGUUGUUACUAGUCAUCUUUCAGUGGACACCCCCAUAGUGUCUUUCAAAACCCCUCCUAAAAACAAGCUUUUAUUUUUUGUUGGAUAUUGCAUCCAAUUAAUAUUUAAAUCAAUGGAAUUUCUUUAGGGUGCUCAUUAGUCUUUCAAUUGUUAGUCUUCUGAUUUUUAUCCUCUUUUGUUUGUUGUGUACUAAAUAUUUCAGUUUUUUUCAUUGGUUUUUAUUAGUUUUUUCCUGUGAAGCCAUUGUGUUGCAUCCAUGUCUGAAAUGUGCUGUAUAAAUAAAGAUUCAUUUGAUUUGAACAUA